AUACUACGCUUAGAGGCAAUCAAUACCUUCACUCUCUUACUCAAGGGUGCUGGUAAAGCUUCUACGGAGUCAAUCUUGAAAGAACUUACCAAGCACCUCAAGAAUGGACUCGUCGACAAGGCUCUUGUGAUGAGGGUUUCAUCUGCUCAGGUAUCCGUAAUUCAGCAUGGAAAACAAACUUUUACUGUUCACGACGUUGAGGUUCUUUUGCAGACAUUUUUCAAAUCAUUCGAUAACGCAACAUUUCCUGUCAGGCGUGCAGUAUCUUCAUUGUGUGCCACACUUCUGGUAUUUACUCAAAGCAUAUCAACAGUUGAUCCCAACAAGCCUACAAUAAAAUACGCGACUACUGGCGAGGAUAAUUCUCCGGUGCAAACGGAAGCGCAAGUAGUACGAGCCGAUGCCAAAUUGAUGACAACAGAGGAAAUGUUUGGUCAACUAUCGACUCAUUACAAUCGACAAAAUUCAUCCAGAGAGUUGAAGAUUGGACUUGUGGAGACAUAUGCCACUCUAUUUGUUUUGCUUGGAACUGAUUUUGUCGAAUCUCAUUAUGGAGUCAUCGUAAAGCAUGUUUUGACCGAAUUACUAGACAGCACUGAUAAAGCUGUUAACCCCGCAGAGAGUGCCUUCACUCGUUCCCAAGUAUAUUUUCUGCUUCACAACACUAUAGGAAAAAGGCUUUUGAGUGAGCAAAGUCAAGCCAAUGCGAUUAGAUUGUUAGUUACAGAUUGGGUCAAGUCUUGGCCGCCUCUUCUACCAAACCAGGAACCGCCCAAUAAACAUGCCUUGAUCUGUGCAGCAAAUUUGAUAUCGUCUCUUGUGUGCGAACUAGAGGGAGCAGUUAGUUCGGUGCAGGAUGUUCUUGUUGAACCUCUGUUUACUUUAUUAACCCACCCAAGCUUCUCGGUACAAAUGGCAGCUGUUUGGGCAAUUCGAUGUGUGUGUUAUUCUGCUCCAGCGAAUCUUCCUUAUCUACUACCAAAAGCUCUAAAUCUCUUGGAGAAGAAUCUCGCCAAUCUCGCCAAUCCAAACUCUAAAACAAAAGUAUAUCGCCGGACUAUAGCAUAUGCACAUACGGCUGCGGCAAUAAUGAGUGUCUUUCCGUCUAGACCUAUAUAUACCUCUUUCGAAUUAAGCGCACGAGCCAUGUCUCUUGCAAACCAGCUCCUCAAAAAUACCAACAAAGAUCAAAAAAUUGCAAGUGUUCAGAUACAGGUUGCUUGGACCCUUGUUGGUUCUCUUAUGGGACUUGGUCCAAAUCUUGUAAAGUUGCAUCUGCCACAACUGCUUCUCUUGUGGAAGAUGGCACUACCAAAGCCAACUGGUAAAGAAGCCAACUCUAUUCGCUCUGAGCCUGAAUGGUCUUUUCUGUUCCACACACGCGAAUGUGCUACAGGCUCGAUCUACAGCUUCCUUGAACACAAUAGCCAAAGUUUAGUUACACUCGACAUUGCAAAACGUAUCUCUGCUCUUUUGAAUAAUACACUCGCCUUCCUUGCAACAACUCCAGCCACAUUUGCGGCAUCGAGUGUCUCUGCCUGUUUACCUUAUCCCGCACGACUCACAGACCAAUAUUAUGCUUUGAGACGCCGUAUCUUCCAGUGCUUUGUUACCAUUAGACCCAUGUUGACAACUUAUGAAGCAUCGCUCACCAGUCUUCUUCGGAACUCUAUGAGUGUAUUUACCGAACUCGACAAGAUAGCACCUUCUUCUGGUGCUCUUAAUCAGGUAUCAGCAAGUGUGCCUGGUCAGUUUGUUAGUGUGUGGAGUUCAACCGACGGACAUGGAUAUGGUGUCACAAGCAAGAUGCAAGGAUAUCGAGUGGAUGUGGCUGUACAAGCAGAAGAACGCAACGAUGACAAUAAUAGCGGGAAAGAGUGGGUGACAAAGGAUCGUUUCCAGAAAAUAGAAGAAUUAUUGGAACGACCCAUUAUUGGAUCUGCUGAACUUGACUCGAUCUAUGUUUACACCACGUUUCAUUCUGACGAUAAGAUUGAUAUCCCUCGUCCUGUGUCCCCAUCAACUUCUUAUAUUGAUUCCAGUAUCGAGCUGUUUGCGACCCUAUUUCCUAGCCAGCCCCCGCCCGUGCAAGAGUCGACCUUUGAACAUAUUGCCAAAGUAGUUAAGGAUAGUCGUCUCGAAAAGAAUUCACCUCGACGAGCCGCCGUUCUUGUGAACGUGGUGGUGGCGCUUUUGGGUGCAUUUAAAAACAUGAUGUUUUACGCAAAGAAGAAAAAGAUGGCACCAGGAGAAAGUAUUGCAAGUGGUCGUGCAACACAGCUCGUUCAGGAAAUCUUGAUGGAGGCAGUAGUCCAUCCAGAACCUUAUCUGCGCAAUGCUGCUAGUGAGACAAUUGGACGACUAACUGCAAUAGUGGGUGGGUCUUUUGUGGCAUCUCAAAUGCAGCAGCUUGUCGAUUUGGUUGUAACCAAUCGAGAUCCAGAUGUCCGAGCAGGAAGUGCAUUGGCAAUUGGAUACAUCUACAGUCAUGUGGGAGGCAUGGCUGCCGCUGUGCACCUAAAGACAAUCGUGGGCAUUCUCUUAUCUCUCAGCAGUGACCCGCAUCCGGUUGUUCAUGCUUGGGCUCUCGAGGCUAUGGCAAUGACUGUAAGCGCAGCUGGACUAAUGUUCUCAGGCUAUGUAAACAGCACACUUGGAAUGGUAGCCAAACUUUAUUUGAGUGAGACACAUGAACCAGGAAGUGGAUCAACGGCGGUAUCUAAUGCUGGAAUGAGUGUUGGUUUCACUGCCUAUCAAGAGUUUGGGCGCAUAAUUUACGAGUUGAUCGGAACGCUGGGUCCAGAGUUGCAGUCAUCUUCAAAAGUCAGAGAGCUUUGCAUCAAUAUGGUCGAAGAGUUGAAGCUCGAGCCCGAUGAACGCGUAAAUGUGGAGGCCAUUAGAUGUAUUCAACAUUUUUUGAUGUUUGCUCCUCACCAUGUGGACACAAAGGAACUUGUUCCAUAUCUCCAAUCUCAAAUUACCAGCCUACAUAUCCCUCUCAAGAAAGCAGCCGUCACUUGUCUUUACCAACUAGUUCAGCGAGAUGCUGAAGCUGUAUUCAAAGCAGCCCUGCCCGGCCUCGACAAUGAGUUGUUUAAGAUGCUUGACACAGAUCCCAAUCUAUCUGAUGUCAAAAAUGUGAUUCGGAGCUGGCUCAAAGACACGGCUGUAAACGAUCCCUCUAUAUGGGUCAAUAUCACCAAACGUAUUAUGACAGGAUCGUCCGGAAAUGGACCAUCUAAUCCGGCCAGGGAUGCAGUAAAGCAGAAAUCAAAGGAGGACAAUGCGGACAUCCCUACUUCUGUGGCCGAUGCAUCCGUAAUACCAGCAAAGUUGUCUAUCAAUGUCGAGAUCCCACCUCGCUGGAGAACCCAGCUUUUUGCACUUCAAUGCUUACACAAGACAAUUGAGCUGAUUUCUGCAAGUGGUAUACGCGAGCAUUUUGAUUUGAUCUUAGCACGCAAGCGUCGUCAGCAGGCCGGUAUUGGAGAUUACCUUGUUUUUCGUGUUCCAGAUUUGAUCCGCCUGUCGUUCACAGCCGCGACAGCUCAUGUAAAUGAGCUACGUCUGGCUGGUAUUGGCCUCUUGAGGAUGGUGAUUGAGAAAUUUGCUAUGACUGAGGAUGCUGAUCUUGAAGGAAUGCUUCUGUUGGAACAAUACGCGGCACAGAUCGGUGCAGCAUUGACUCCUGCUUUUGGACCUGACUCUUCUUCAGAAAUCGUGUCUGCAGCUGUGCGUGUAUGCGCUAUCUAUGUUGGUAGUGGAAUUGUUAAGGAUCUCUACCAAUUAGGUAGAGUACUGAAACUAUUGACUUCUGCGCUUGACAAAUGCAAAGAUGAGUCUAAGCUUGUUGGGGUUGGAGAAGUAAAAGAUCUCAGUCCACACGCAUCUGUAAUGGUAAAGCUGUCGGUGCUUAAUGCCUGGGCAGAACUCCAAGUGUCGAGUCAGAAGCAAGAUUAUUUGAAACAAAUUUUACAGCCAAAUAUUGCUGUGUUGAGUCCUCUUUGGUUGCAAGCUCUUCAGAGUUAUGCCCGCAUUCGGUUGGAGUCUGAUAUCGUAGCUUUGUCAAGUAGUUCAGAGGGAAUACAAGCAUCAGCAAAUGGUGGAUUUGAAUCCAUGUAUUCUGCAGCAACCAAGGAAGUUGUUCUUCCUCUGUACCGUAGAUCAUGGCUCAAGAUUAUGGAAGCGGUUGCUACACUUAUUGAAACACACGAACCUUCCAUGAUCAGUGCACUUGAACAUAGUCCUGAUUCUGCAAACUCUGAAUCCAAACCAUCCAAUCUAUUCUAUAUCUUAUUCGGUCUUUGUAUCGAAAGUCUUUCGCGUAUAUCCAGUUCCAGCAAUGGCAGAUCUAAUGCUCCGACAAUGAUAAUCUGCCUCAACGGUCUCAAGACACUUAUACAACCAACACUGGCGGGAAAUGAGUUUGUUCCCAAGGCAGUAUUUUUGGAACUUAUGAACGUGUUUGAUCGUUUGAUCCAAACUGAAGGUUAUCGAGUACAGCUCAUUAUUAUCGAA